AUGGAAGAAGGUGGUGGGUUACACAACAACGACCAAAUUGAGAUGACUUUUCAUGUUGAGAACAGAGUCGAUGAUGAUAUGGGUGAUGAGGACGAUGACAUGGGAGAUGAUGACCAUGAUGAUGCUGGUUUGGGAGGUGACUAUAAUGAUGAGAUGAUCGACGAAGAAGAUGAUGAUUUUCAUGAGAAUCGUGUUAUAGAGACCUUAGUAUCUUUAACUUUAACAUUGGAAUAUCAUUUUGCCCUAUACACUUUAUCCUGUAUGGAAUCUGUACACGGUGCAAUGUUUUGCUUGGAAUCACUAAAAUAUGCAUUGAUUGGGUUGAUGAGGGACCUUAGAGGACUAGCAAUGGCCACAAUUAGAUUGAUAAUCAUGUUGUAG